UUACAAAUUCUUGGAAGCUAUAUUUACAACCCAAGUAAGGAACCCAUUACAUGUUCAGUUUGAAGAGGAAGGUGAAAUCAUCAUGAGCAACAAUUAUUUCAUGCCUUUGCCUGGGUCUCGCAGAACAAGUAGUGAUACAAGAGCAUUUAAUGUUUACACUUUUCAUAAUACUGAUUCCAAUGACGUGCCUGUGUAUUACAGAUCUCGCUCUAACCAUAACACUGGUAACAGGAAUUCAGGUGUGAUAGAUCCAAGGAGGGUGUGGGAAAGCAGAACUCCAUCAUCAGGACGCCACACUGCUCCAAAUUUUCAAGCACAACCACAUAACAGGCAACAAUUUCAUUUUAGUAAUGGCGAGAUAGGAAGGGGCUCAAACCCCAGGUUCAGAGAUAUUUUCCAGCAAUCACCGCCGCGAACCGCAACAACCACAGAGAUUCCCCCACAAGUAGAAAAUUCUGAGUCAAUGGCUCUUAGCAAGCUCAAGAAAGAAGUCUACAACCCUGUGCCAAAGCGGCUAGCCCGGAGGCUCAGCCUAUACUACAGAGGCGACAACAACAACGGGUCGAAUGGUGUGCGAGAAAGGGAGAAAGAGAAGGAUGAAGAAGGUAAGAGUUGUGCUGUUUGCUUGGAAGAUUUUGAGGCAAAAGAAGAAGUUAUGGUCACACCAUGUAACCACAUGUUCCAUGAGGAAUGCAUAGUGCCUUGGGUAACAAGCAAAGGACAGUGCCCAGUUUGUAGGUUUGUGAUAAUUGAGAGAGUUAGAGGGAACCUUUACCCUUCUUCAUUCAAUAGCAGUAACAUUGCAAAUAUGGAACCAAGUGAACUAAUUGCUGGUGAGCUUUUGUCAAUUUUGAGCGCCAUGGAAGAAGCUUUUCAGUUGGGGAAUGGAAUGUACUAGUAGGACACACAAGAAUUUGUUAUUCUCGUGUUGGCAAGAAGCUGUGUCUCAACUUCGCAAACAUAUUCUACCUAAGAUUUGAUGGGAUAUGUACUGCUGAAUUGUGACUUUGCGAGUUUGGUAAUUCAAGUCCAUGGUGCAUCCAAGCACAUAAUCAUCCCAUGUUAUGUUCUUUUUCCUACUUAAAUCCAUAGAGCGUUUUGUCUAUUACUUUCUUCUAUUCAAUUGAAAAACAAUUUGAUUGAAUAAUAAUAAACCCAUUUGCAGCUCAGUAGGGAAGGAGAUGGUAUGUUUUUGCAAUAAUCUUAAUCCACGUAUUGUCUAUUGUGUUGGCAGCUCAAACCAUUCCUGACAAUACCAUAAGGUUCGGCUGGUUUCACUUAAAAUCAAGACUCUACAUCACCAAUUUAUGCACUGCUCCUUUACAAAUUCUGUUUGGUAUGCCUCGUUAUGUGGGUGGGGAUAUACAAUUCUAUGCAACCUUCUUAUUUAAAGUUUAUUAACUAAGCUGUUGUACCAAUAAUUAAAUAUAUACUUUCUACUCUUUUUUUUAAAAGAAUACCAUCUAGGUAAAAUAGUGCAAUUUUAUAUAAGAGUAAGACUUUUUAUCUGUAGCAAA